UCCAACAAAAGAGUCUGCAAGCAGGCUUUCUUUUACCAUUACUGUAUCUCUAUGUGUCUAAGCUGUCCUAUGACACUCAUUUUUGUUUCCAUUUAAACAUUAUCUGAAUGUAUCCAAGUGAAUGUAUCUUCAUUUGAUUCAAUUUUCCCCUAUUAGUUGACUAUUUAUAAAUUAUAUGUGUUUACAUUAAAUUGGGAUAACACCCAUCACCUGUGACUACCUUUGUUUACAACACACUGUAACUUGUUACAACCAAGCCUUGCCUUAUCAUUAUCAUCACCAUCAUUUUUUAUCUUCCAACAGGCAAGAAUUUAUCAGUUGUGUUAUAGUGUUCCUUAAAUACCGGACCAUUUAUCACCUUUAAUCAGUCAAUUUUCGAUUUAUUUAUUAAUCUAGGAUCACGAUUUUUAUUCUUUCGCCUUCAUUCGGCCGAUAUUUUCAGAGAAAUGUACAUCACGUUUCGGGACAAAAACAGAGCUAUAGUGUCUAUUGAUUGACAAUUUUGAACUUCCACCAAUCUUGAACUUCAUCUCAUAAUUAUUAAUAAUCGAGCCAAGCUGUCAAGACAGUUUACAAAAUGUGGCACGAAGCAAGGAAGCAAGAGAAAAAAGUCCGAGGAAUGAUUGUCGACUACAAGAGACGGGCUGAGCGUCGUAGAGAAUUUUAUGAAAAGAUUCGAAGAGAUCCAGCUCAGUUUCUUCAGAUUCAUGGCUCGUCUGCAAAGAUACACAUGGAUUCUAGUAUCUCUACUGCCGCUGAAAGCUGUCUUAUGCCAUGGAGAGGUGAUGAAAAAAAUAUGAUUGACAGAUUUGACGUAAGAGCUCAUCUGGAUACAAUUGUAUCGGAAGAUACUCCAUCUGUAUCAACACAUAAUAAAAGUGACAUUGAAAAGGACUUAGCCUCAGAAAAGCAAAUAAAUUAUGAAAGAUGGAGGACUUUGAUUCAAAAUGAAUUUUUGGGGAUUCCAGAAUCAAAAGCUCUACACCAAAUUUGGUUGGAAGAAAGGUUUGGUAUGAAUCAACCUUCAAUGACUGAGUCUCCUACACAACAAAAUGUAAAUUUGAAGAAAAAAUUGGCCGAAAAGAAAGCAAAAAUUGGCUACAAUUAUGACAAACCAGAAGACAAUAAAAACAUUAUUGUGAAAGGGGAAUCCAGCUCAUCCGAGGAAGAUUCAGACUCCGAUGAAGAAUUCGAUACUACGAUCAACAUUGAGACAUUAACCUUAGACCAAACUUCUCGGUUGAAUUCAAUUGGUACCAAAUUUGGAUUAGGAGCAGAUGAUUUUGUGAGUUUUGCUGAAGAAGAUCUCGCUGAAGCUGAACGAAUCAGGAUUGCUAAAGAACUAGAGAAUGAAAAGUCAAUGUUUUCAGGAAGAAAAUCACGCCGAGAGAGACGAGCUCUCAAGGAGAGAAGAAUGCUUAUUUUACGAGCCAAUAAUGCAGAAGAGAAUGUUAAACCUAUCGUUACGCAAGGAACAUCUACUACUUCGAAAAACAAAACUGAAUCUUCAUCUGAAUCAUCAGAGUCUGAAGUAGAUGAAGCUAAAAUUGAAUUCAUUACAUGUUUCGGAGGAAGCUCUGAUGAAGGGGCGAAUGACGAGGAACAAGUUAAGAAAGAUAGUAAAAACAAAUCAAACAAAAAGAAGGACCACAAAAAUUCAAAAAGUACUGCUAAUAAAAAACCAACAUUAAUUGAAUUUGGACCAAGUCUUCCUCCUGAAAUUGAACAAAAAAUAAUGUCAAAACCAAGUUUCAAGAUCUCUCCUUCUAAAGAUAUUACUCCUCCUCCAAGAAGAAGUCCUAGUGUUCGAAGAAGUGUAUCUCGUUCUCCAGACUUCAGUUCUAGAAGAGAAAAAUCUCGACCUAAGAGUUUCAGUCGUAGCCCUUCAAUGGCGAGAAAAUUCUCUCGAAUGCGGGAUAGAAGCAGGAAUAGAAAACGAAGUCGAAGCAAUAGCCAUUCUCGAAGCCAUAGUCGAAGUCGGAGUCGAAUUUUCAACACAAGAAUGCGAUCAUUUAGGCAUAAAAGUAGAGAAAGAAGAAAUUGCCGGAAAAAAUCUCACUCUAAAAGUAGAAGUCAGAGCAGAAGUUGUAGUCGAAGUUUGAGCCGAAGUCGCAGUAAAAGUCGCAGUAAAUCCAGACGUGAUUAUCAUUCAUCUCGGAGACGUUAUCGUCACGGAAGAUCUUUAUCUAGAUCCUGCAGUCGUUCCUUCAGUAGAUCUCCUAGAAGGGAUCAUCGUAAAAGAGGAAGAAGUCGUGAUAGAUCUAGAAAUCGAGGUCGAAAUCGGGAUGGAAGCAGAAACAGAAACAGAACUAGAAGUAGAAGUAGAAGCAGAAGACGAAAUAGAGGCAGAAAUCGAAGCAGAAGCUUAAGUCGAAGUUGCACCAGAAGUAGAAGCAGAAGUAGGAGUAGAAGAAGAAGUAGAACUAGAAGUAGGGAUAGGAGAAAUAAAGACAGACUUCGAAAGAAAAGUCGAAGUCGUAGUCGAAGUUCAAUCAAUAAACGUAGGAGAAGAAAGAGUACUAGUAGAAGUCAUAGUCGCGUGCGAGGACGUAGUCGUAGCCCUAGCCAGGGAAAUUCAAAAACAAAAAUCGAUGUUAAACCUAAAUCAACUAAAAUCGAUUCUGUUAAUUUAGAGAAAAAUAAUUCACAGAAAGAAACACUAAAAAGACUCAACCCCAAUCAAUCCACAGUGGUUCAACGUAAUGAACCUGAUAAUGAAUCAAAUCUUGAGAUAAAAUUGCCAGAUGAAUCAGGAUCUAGCCAGUUUCUUCCACUUGAUAUACCAAUGCCGAGUCAACCAGUUGAACAAAAUGAAAGUUUAGAACAAAUCGAACCUCCUAAAGAAAAAAUAUCAAGUCCAUCAGCAAUGGAUAUUAGUCCACUUAAAGAGUCUGUAGAUAAUCAAGAAUCAACUAUAUCUAAAGAUAACUCUAAUGCGCCUGGUGUAACUCAUGACGAUAACUCGGAAGCUUCAACUUCUUUAGCUCGACAAAACUUACCUUUGAAAAGAUACUAUAGGCACGAUUUGGUCGACGAAAGUAGCGGUCCCGAACUAGACGAAGAGGUGGAUGAAGAACCACCACCCACUGAAAAACUGAGCCCAAGAGUGGCAAACAGUGUGAAUACUAGUACUUCCAAAGCAGGAAAUAGUUUCAAGGCAUUGACUGACAAAAUGAAGAAAAAGACUCAGGCACUUAUCGAACGCCAGUACAAACUGGAUAAAGCUGCCGAGCGGGAAAAGAGAGAAAAGCAUGGAUCCGAUAGAGAAAAAAGAGACUCUAGGCGUUAUCGUCCAAGACGAAGAUCUCGCUCGCGUUCAAGAAGCAGCUCCCGCUCUGGAAAAUAUCAUUCAAGAUCACGUUCGUAUUCCCGUUCAUCAAGCUCGUCAAGUCGUGGAUUUACUAAAAGUAUUUCAAGAUCCCGAUCAAGGUCCUCGUCUUCCAGUUACCAUUGAAUAUAUCUUAUUGGAAAUGCAACAACGGCGAGCUGGAUUAUGGGUAAUCAUUUCCAAAUUGUUGGAAAUAUUUGUGAACAAUGUUCAAUUAUUUAUAUCAAUCCACCAAUCAAUUUACUGAUAUUUAGAGUAUUACAUCUUUCAUCUACAUUUAUACCUUGAUUAUAAGGACACUUUUAUUAAGAUCCAAAUUGUCAGGAAAUAAACCCUAAAACCAUCUAUUCAGUUCUUUAUUACACGACUUUUUUCUCAAA